GCUCAUGUAUCCUAUUGGUCGCUUCCGUCAAUGUAAACAUGUAGCCGUUUCAGCGGUGUAACUGUAUUGUUAUUAAGCGGCGUUUCCAAAUUGCGAACCAGUUUGUAAAUGCUCCCAAUAACGAUGGCUGUGUCGCUGAAAGAAGCAGUUUCGGAACGAGGACGGUGUAACGCAGCGUUAGCUUGAUAACUAGCUAACGCUGAAUAGCUAGCUAACUAUCAGGCCGUGUUUGUAUGAAGGCUGGCCUGGCUAAUUAGACAGCUAGCUUCCAGUUGGCACCCACGAAGGGCUAAAUCAAGGUUAGCCAAGAAAAGGGGGAUGGCAAAUAAUGUAAUCUAACAAGGACACAUCAAGAAGUGGAGGAAAAAAUGAAUAAAUCUAAAAGUGCUGGUGCCUCGUCACCUAUGAAUGGGAAACAGGGGAACGACUGGGACACCAAGCGGAAGAGGAAAAUUGCGGACAUCACACAGGCCCUCAAUGUGAGUCCAGUGGAUGUGGCUGCCCUGAGGAGAAUGGCUAUCAGCGAAGGAGGUUUGCUGACUGAUGAGAUACGCUGUCAAGUCUGGCCUCGGCUUCUCAAUGUCCCUCCUCACAUCUUGGAACAAGAGCCAGAAACGGUAGAGCGUGAGAAUAACAAGGACUACAACCAGGUGCUGCUGGAUGUCCAGCGAUCACUCCGGAGGUUCCCACCCGGAAUGCCAGAUGAGCAGAGGGAGGGUCUCCAGGAAGAGCUCAUUGACAUUAUCCUCCUCGUCUUGAAACGCAAUCCCCAGCUUCACUACUACCAAGGAUACCAUGACAUUGUUGUCACCUUCUUAUUGGUCCUGGGAGAGCGCCUUGCAACUGCUCUUGUGGAAAAGCUCUCCACGCACCACCUCAGGGACUUCAUGGAUCCUACCAUGGACAACACAAAACACAUUCUGAACUAUUUGAUGCCCAUCAUCGAGAGGGUCAACCCUGAGGUGCACGACUUCAUGCAGCAGGCUGAAGUGGGGACAGUCUUCGCUCUCAGUUGGCUAAUCACCUGGUUUGGCCACGUCCUGUCAGAUUUCCGCCACGUUGUCCGGUUGUAUGACUUCUUCUUGGCCUGCCAUCCAUUGAUGCCCAUCUAUUUUGCUGCUGUGAUCGUACUGUACAGAGAAGAGGAGGUGUUGGAUUGUGAAUGCGAUAUGGCCAUGGUUCAUCAUCUACUGUCUCAGAUUCCUCAGGAUCUGCCAUAUGAGACCCUCAUCAGUCGAGCAGGAGACCUCUUUGUACAGUUCCCUCCCUCUGAACUGGCCAGAGAGGCUGCCUCACAUGACAGCAUGGCGGCCUCUACCUUUAAGGACUUUGACCUUGCGUCCACUCAACAGCGGCCAGACUCUGUUCUCCGUCGCCGACGCAGACAGAAACAGGCUGCACUUGAGAGCUCAGCUGCAAACACAGUAGUGGCAGUGGCCCAACCUUCAGCAGCACGGCGGUUUGUUCGACUGGCCGUCAUGGGUCUGACGGUGGCUUUGGGGGCGGCAGCUCUUGCUGUAGUCAACACUGCCCUGGAGUGGGCUCCCAAACUGGACUUGUUUCCUUGAAAAGCUCCUCUUUUACUCCAGUGCUCAAACGUAUCUGUGCUUGACUGAAUCUAACUGGUGGGUCUGGUUCCAAGAACCCUUUAACUAAAGAAACCACAAACCCUGCAGUCGAUAACACUGUCUGGAGUAUACUCUCUAAACUGAACCAGUCAAUGCUCCUCUUUAUGUCCCCUAGGAUGUGUCUUAACAUCCUAUGGAGGGCUUCUCAGGCUCCAGCUGAAGGCCCUUUUUAUGACUCCUAAUAAGCGUGCACCAGUGUAACAGCAACAACUGCUGGUGUUCGGAAAUGAAGCGUCCAUCCUGUUAUAAUGAAGAGACUGUUUUUCUAAGAACUAGUACUGAUGGUGUCCUGAUUAAAGUUUAUUUAUAUUUGGUAGUAUCCGAUAUCGAGUUAUGCUCACAGAGAUUUAUGCUCAAAGCUUGGAGGACUCACUACACUUGAAACUGCUGCCAAUUAAGAGAGCUGGAGUGAAUGUAUGAGAGUGUGUGUGUGUGUGCGUGUGUGUGUGGUCGCGUGGUCGCAACCCAUUUGUUAUCUAUUUGAUACCUGGACUGAGACCAAAUAGAGGAUUGUUAGAAUUCUCUCUUUGUAUUAUUUACUGUUUCUUAAUUUAUAGGUAUGGUAGCAGCUGUAUGGAGAUAUGGUCAUGACACACAGACACUCUUUUAAGGUCAGCGUUUAAUUAUUUUUUUUUAGGUUAUUCUGUCCCCUUUUAAGUUGUUUUAAUAAGCUUGUUUAGUCAAGAAAAAAAACUUCUUUCUGACUAUCUUUAAAGGUAUACUAUGCAGUAUUUGUUUUCUAAACACAACUGUCAGACUUGGCUCCUGCUUACACUGCUCGUACCGACACUGCAAGAUAUUGUUUUAUUGUAGGAACGUUACAUUUAUUGUAACGGAAAAGCCCAUAUUUAAGCAAGCAAACUAAGCUAACCGCUGGUGUUCUGUCGAUUUAUGUUGCCUUAUUGAAAAAUGCUACUGUUACGCAAACAACAGCAGAGUCUCGCUAUCAAAAAAUGAUUACAAACAGUUGUAAGUACACUUUAAGAAUAUGGGGAGCAUAUUUUAAAAACUCUAUCACAACAUCUUUGAGAUUUUAGGGGUAGCAUAUUUUGAUAGACCAAUACCCCCUGUUGAAAAAUGCUCCCACUAAUGAAUCAUUUUAUAUCACACCACUACUCUCUCCAUAUACACUGUGAGAAUGCACAGAGUCUCUAAGUAGCAAAAAUCCACAGAACACCAACACCUACCAGUCCAACAAAAAACAGGCUAACUGUUUUUUUUUCCAGCACUUUGUCCAUGAUUUUCAUAACUUCCUCCUGGAUGCAUGCACCUAUUACUGCUACCGUUGUAUGAACUCCCCACCUCACCUGUGCACUGUGUUUGUUUGGGGGCUACACAAAAAUACAGGCAAACAGCAGGGUCUUUAUGGAUAUAUAGUGCCACACUCUUUGUAAUGGGUCAUAAGCGAUGGCUGAGAAAGAUUACUUCUGUAUGAGCCUAUAGAUAAUGUUUUAGGAAAAUCCUGCAUAGUAUACUUUUAAAACAUGUCAACGGUUGUCAUCCUUGAAUACACAUUUUUAAUUCUGGCUCAUUGUUACAGUCAGCUAAGCUUAUCAAUAAGAAAUUUUAAACAAAAUGUUAUUGGUGUUAUCAAAGUCAUGUUGCCUGAUCAAGAUGUAAUUUUGUAUCUCUGAGGAUUAGGCCCCAGAGUACAGCAUUCACUGUCCAGGAGGAAAAAUCUCAACCAUAUCAGAAUCAUUUAGAUCUAGAUGUAGAGAACUUUCCAAUUAUUUACUCAUCUAAUUAUUUGGUUGCACAACCUUAAAAAUGUGUCUUUGUGUCAUGGCCCAUAAUGACUAGGAUAUGUUUUCUGCGUCACUUUAAAUCUCUUUAUUCUAGUUCAGCAACACACUCACUCAAUGCCUGGUCACAAAAAUAUCAGAGCUGGGAUAAACAGCAAUUACAAUGAAGGAGAUACUCUUUGGGUUGGCACUUAUGGCAUUAGUUUUGCAAAAUCACUUUAAAUUUCAUUAGGUGCUUUUCUUACUCCUAAUGUAAGGGUGCUCAUGUCAGAAGAAAAGCGCCUGAGCCUUCAAAUUAUUGCUAUCCAAGGGGUUUUGUUUUUGUUAUAAACAUGAAUUUAGCUUUAACACAUGCCAUUAGUAAGUUGGAUUGCUUUGAUGGUAGUAUUUCGGAGGCAGUCCAGCGCAUUCCAAUGUCAUUUUCACACAGUCACAUAUUUAAAGUAAUAGGGGGUCGCUUAGGUUUCAGUGGUGUGGCACUUGCCUGAAUAGCCAAGUCUUAUAAGAAAAUAUAUAGCAAAUAGUUUUUCAGAGCACCUCAAUCUAAGGUAGUUAAUUUGGGUUGUCUGUAAUCUUUAUGAUGUAUGUUGCUUAACAGAAAAUCUUGAUUGACUUAGUUCUAGGUCACCUGCAUUGUAUGGAAAAACAACCAGUCAGCUAAAAAAGUCACUUUGGUUGAAGUCAUUGAAUUGACAUGUUGAGAGAAGUUUUUGCUACUUUAAGAACUGAAAACCUGGGUAUCCCAUUCCUAUAUUAUGGUUGACUUGUUUAUCGCCUUUGUAGUGAGCCACUGAUUCAGCUGGUUAAGGGAUCCACAAACUGACUAAAAGAAAGGUGACCUGGAACAUGUCCAAGGACGCUCUGAGGUGCCUGAGAGUGUACUUGUUCAGCAGUAUUGUAAUGCACCAUGUAUCUGCACUCAGUGGUUUUCAUUUCUUGUCAUUGCACUAAAUGAUUUAUCUGCCUUUUAUGUUUAUUUUGUUAUAAUAAAAAACGGUCAUACUAAUGUAAAGUUGUACAAGAGAAUGAUAAUAAACUAGAGUGAAAAUGUUCAA